CAUUCUAUGCAUUCUAUGCACCUGUCUAGCCAGCCCGUCAAUCGCCAACAUGGCGCCUUCCAUAUGACAAUUUUUCCAGUCUUUCCAAUAAUCGGACGUCGGCAUAAAAAAAACUCUGCAACCAUGACAGACUUCCAAGAUGAGCAGAAGAAUGAAAUUGAAGCCCUCGAGUCCAUCUACCCCAGCGAAUUACAAAUCCUUGCGACAAACCCCUACCACUCUUUCACGAUUCACAUCAAAGGGAACACCACUGACAGACCUGAGGAUGAAGCGAUGUCAGUAACCCUGAAGUUCACAUAUGUUCCUCACUAUCCCGAAGUGGGGCCCGUAAUUGAGGUGGAUGAAUGCGAAAACCUCGAAGACGAAGACACGGAAGAGCUGAUGGCUGUGCUCAAGGAACAGGUAGAAGAAAACUUGGGAAUGGCCAUGAUCUUCACCCUGGUUUCCGCAGCUUCGGAGUGGCUCGACCAGCACGGGGACGACGUUAAGCUGAGGCAGGAAGAGGCAAAGCAGAAGCAGAAGGAAAAGGACGAAGAGGCCGAAAGGGUGAAAUUCGAAGGAACCAGGGUUACGGUGGAAUGCUUCCUGGCCUGGAAGGACAAGUUUGAUGCGGAGAUUGCUGAAAUGAGAAGCCGCGAGAAGGUCGACACCAACAUCCGGAAGCUGACGGGCCGUGAGCUGUUUGAGAAGGAUAAAAAUCUCAUCGACUCCGACCUCCAGUUUAUGCAAGAAGGUGAGGAAGAUGUCAAAGUGGACGAGUCACUGUUUCAAGAGUUGGAGGACCUUGACUUGGAUGAAUUGGGGGAUGUGGACGAGGAUGAUAUAAAAGCGUGAUGAAAUUGCAGUAGAACUAGAAAUAUAUUCACUUUGCAUGUAUGUUCAAUAAAAAUCGGCAUUUUCUAAAAAUAA